GCCGACUGCCUCUGUUUAUCUCAAUGGACCACCGAGCUUUUCUUUGUCCGUCACAUCAACUAGUAUUGCCGUUUUGCAUUGAGUUAUUCACACAUUGAUCCCAAGGAUUACCUUUGAAGGCCCUGGAUCUGUUUUGAAUGAAUUAGCCUCCUCGUUAUCUCGCGUCCUUGCUGAAUAUCUUCCCUUCACCCCAAAAUCCACUCUGGAUCUAUAGAUAUAAAGGCAACCAUGGAUAUCCAGGUAGACAGACUAGUCGAUAAGAUCUGGGAUAAAACCCGAUCUACGCCAGACGAUUCCCGGUUGAUGAUAGCAGUGAGUGGCAUACCGGGCUCCGGAAAGACAGCACUUGCCAGCAUGAUGGCAAACCGCAUCAACCAACUCUACACGGCACAGCAUCCCAAUUCACCGCCUAUCGCGACUGCUAUCCCUAUGGAUGGGUAUCAUCUUACACGGGCGCAACUCGCUCAAAUGCCCGACCCGGUGUAUGCUGCUGCGCGACGGGGUGCAGCUUUCACCUUUGACGGGGAGAAGUUUUUGAAACUAGUCCAGGCUCUGCGGGAGCAGUUGACGCUGGAGACCCAAAGCUUGUACGCGCCAAGCUUUGAUCAUGCAGUUAAAGAUCCUGUCGAUGAUGAUAUUGCCAUCCCCGCCACGUGUAGGGUUAUUUUCUUCGAGGGGAAUUACCUGAGUUUAAAUAAAGAGCCGUGGAAUAAGGCGGCGCAACUGAUGGAUGAGCUUUGGUUUGUGGAUGUUAAAUUCGAAACCGCUCGAAAGAGGUUGGUUCGGAGGCACGUCAAGGCGGGUAUCGCAAAGGAUGAAGCCGAGGCAGAUAAACGAGCGACAGAAAAUGACCUUGUAAAUGGCCGGGAAAUCGUGGACUAUAGGUUGCCCGUUCAGGAGAUAAUUACAAGUCGUUAUGACCCUAAUUGGGACCGGUGACUGAUGGGUCUUGGGUGUAUUUUCGGUGCGGUAUGAGGGAUAUAUGGUUGACUGAAGCAUAACUCAUCUUACAGCGUUCCCUUUUGUUUCUGAUUCUUAAAGAAAACCUCAUGGAAGGGGGAUAGAGAACAUUACACAUAGUGGGUAUACUAUAAUUAGACGCAUAGGGAGUCUGGCCACUUAUUACUUUAGCUUAUUGCUAGCUGUUGGAUAAAUUUAGGAUAAUAA